AUGCAUGCCCUGCUUGGUGAAACGAGAGAGGCCAUAUCGCACCAAACAAAACAACAAGAGAGGCGCCAUGAAGAUGGCAAGAGUGAAGAAUGUCUUCGCGAACUCUUCCAGACGAACCCAAAAGAUGAUAGGGAACGAAUAAUUCGUAGAAAGGAUAACACUCCUACACUUUUCAAAUCAUCAUACGAAUGGAUCCUAGAUGUUGAGGAAUUCCGACGCUGGCGGACCGACCCUGAAAGCCGCCGGCUCUGGCUCAGAGGGGACCCAGGCAAGGGAAAAACGAUGCUUCUUUGUGGUAUCAUUGAAGAGCUGGAAAAAAGCGAUCCGCGUCCGCUAUGCUACUUUUUCUGCCAAGCUACAGUGCCAGCGUUGGAUAACGCAACGUCCGUCCUUCGGUCACUAGUUCUUCAACUGGCUCAGAAGUAUCCCUGGCUCCGAAACCAGGUCUUGGCUGAGUAUGAGAAGGGUGGAAAAGCUCCUUUCAAUGAUCACAACGCUUGGGGCACUAUGUAUGAGCUGCUCAAUUCUAUGCUCAGUGACCCACAAUUGGAUGGCGUUUUGUUGAUUGUGGAUGCGCUCGACGAAUGCACGACAGAUCGUCCCAAGCUGCUUCAGUUCAUCAAGAACAUCUCGACAAUUUCCCGCGCUAAAGUCAUUAUCUCGAGUCGAAAGUGGACCGAGAUUGACGAGGUGCUCGGCGAGGACGACACAAACGGUUGUACUAUUACCCUCGAAUUACACGACGAUCUUAUCUCUAAAGCGGUCCACUCGUACAUCGACUGA